GCCUUGGAAAUUUUGCACAAACAUGGGAUAUGUUUUGGACGGUUGGUUAUUGUAGCUUUUCACAACUUUAAAGCUGCCAACGUCCUAGCCAAGCUCAAGGGUAUAAAUCUCUUAUAUGGGGAAAAACUGAAAUUGCGCAUCGGCGAGCCAAAGAAAGCAUAUGUCCGAUCAAAGUCCGGCGGCUUGCUUCGAGGCCAGCCAAAAUACCUUCCGAACUUUUAAGGAUACCUGAGCCCUGUUUACG